UUUAGGUUAUAUUAAAAGGUUGCUGCCAUUAAACAACAAUGAAAACCUUUGUGUAUCUUCCUAGUAGAUUAAAAGGCAAGGAGGGCUUCCUCACAGGGAUUCCAGAAGUGAUAGACGAAAAUCUGCAUGUUUUCGUCACUAAAAAUGAGCUUUCUAAAAACGAGGAGAAUUCCAUUGGAUAUUUUGGAAUGGACAAUAGGAACAACAAAGAUUUGGUUUUUGUGAACAGUGAGACCAUGGAAGUGUACUACGAUGGAUGCUGCAAAGGAAACGUUUUAAUUGAAUACAACUACAAUACUGUGCAGAAAACACAGAUUAUGGAUGAAGCAAAUGGUAUAUUUAUUCAGAUGGUGAGGAAGGCCAGACAUGUUGAGCCUGAUCCGACUGAAUCCAUGUGGCAAAAGAUGUUCACCUUAAUGUUCAUCAAUAUUUUGCAUGUGUUUGAUAAGAAUGAGAAGAUAUUGAAGCAUUCCAGUAUUUGCAGGCAAUUUGAGAAGAAUGUUUUCAUGGCCAAAUUCCUAUUGAAACCUAAUUGCAGCCAUAAAGAAUCUUUGCAGAAGGCGAAUUUGAUUACAGCUCGGUUCAUUGAUAUUGCAUUUGGAAUGAUCACCCUGUAUUACUUUUAUAAAUACGAGAGGUAUUUUCUGAAUUCGUUUCAGGAAGCUGCUGAGUUUAUCAUAGAGGGAUUGAUGGGAGUCGUGAACUCGUUGAUGAAUACACCGGCCGGUUUGAAAUUGAACGAUUCCUUGACUAAAACGUUGGGAAUUUUCUUCUUCUAUCAUAUAGCUCUUUGGAGAGCUUUCAUCUACGUCGUUGACUCGAUUCUGAUCGAUCUCAUUCAUUUCUUCACGAUUCCAGCUCUUAUGGGCGUCAGCUUCCAGAUAGCGUUGAUGUCGGAUUUAAUAGGAUUCCUUUCAUUCCACGUUUACUGCAUUUACGUUUACGCUGCCAGACUGUACGGUAUUCAGAUUUACGGUUUACGCUCAUUGUGGAAACUGUUCAUUGGGAGAAAGUACAAUCCGUUGAGAAAUAGGGUGGAUUCGUGCGAGUACACCCACAACCAGUUGUUCGUUGGUACUCUGGGAUUCACCGUUUUAUUGUUCCUUCUUCCCACAGUUUUCAUAUAUUACGCAGUCUUUACUGCUCUACGACUGAUUUUAUUGACCGCCACCACGCUUCUGGAUAUUCUCAGAUUCUUUUUACAACAUAUACCUUUAUAUGUCUUUGCAUUAUGGAUCAUGCGUUCCCCGAAGAUCAGAGCGGAAGUUUUUAUGAAAGUUGGGACGAUUGAAAAAGAGUUUUCAAAAAUUUACAUAACAUUGAAACCAAUGUCUCUUUGGAACACCGUGCGGAUAACGAUGCCUCCGAUGAACAGGGUUAAGACUGCAGUAGGAAUCACGGCACUCCUCUCCGGUACAUUCACAGGCAAUUUGAUGUAAUCAAGUUGCGUUUACAAGACUAAUUUUAUAUAUUUUUGAAUUUAUCUAUAUUCUGUACAUCCUACGUGUAUUAUUUUUGAUGAGUUUUCAGUAUUACCUAAAUACUAUGUACACAUAUAUUGUUGCCAG